AUGGACAGUUGGAACACAGAUUCUCAACAGGCAAGGUAAGUGCCGACUCUUUCGUUUCACCUCGAUUAAUUCUGUUUCAGAUGGCGAAAAGACAAGAUAUCGCGUGAUAUCGUAAUAAAAAAUCUGCGCUCCUACUCGGACAUUGUGAACAGAAUCGCCGACGAGAUGGCGGCGGAGAACGUGCCGGAAGGCGAUCAAGUUUCCGAGGAGAUCAUUGCGAACGCUCUCUAUUCGCACUUCAAAAUGCUGCAGAGAAUCAGUAAUAUGUCGCUGCCGCCGUCGCCGAGGAUGCCGAUGGCGCCGAUAAAGAGGAUGAUGGUCGUGGAGAAGCAUCCGAACAACGGAUCUUCGUCGAUGCAAUCGAUGCUUCCGAUGAAGCAGGCGAGGAUUGUGCUGCCCGGAUCGAUCCCCUCCUCUCCUUGCAUGGUUUUCCUCCCUAAUUUCCAAAGAUUUUAAUGUGGAAACUCCGUGUUUUCAGCUCAUGGAAAGAGUCGAAUGCCCACGCAACGUCGCCACGCCCACCUCUGUGCCUCGAAACCGAAUGACACCGGUCGGACACUGGUCCCCGCUGCAGUUCUUCCUUGUGGGACCAGAAUUCAGCGGUGACAGACAGGCAAGCAUCUUCGCGGUCGCCGAGGCUCUCACUGAGAUUGGGUACGGACAUUGCGUGAAACGGGGGCGUGGCCCACCCGGAAAUUUUGAACGAAUUUUCGACGCCGAAUCAACGGAAAAUGCUUUGGAAAUUAUUAUUUCACGUCUAUUUGGCACUUUUCUUCUUUAAAUAUCGUUUUAAUUUACAUCGCGCAAGAAAAUUGCCGAAACGUACCGAAAUUGCGAAGCCACACCCCUUGUCCACAUGUGAACACCAUAAUUACCCUAAUUUCUCCUUCAGAAUCACAAUGAACGCAUACGAUGUGAUGAUCCCGAACACCAAGGUUCAGCCGUCAUUUUCGAAGGCUCCAUGCCUCGGACGCAUCGGUUUCUCGGUCACAGAACAGCGAGUCGGCGGUAUUCUGAAGUUGUUCGGAGACAAGGACCUAAUUCAGAUGAAGAAUCACAGAAGAAAAGCUCUAACGGCUGAUAAUGUACGCGUUUUUUCAAUUUUGUCCAUUCUGAUUGGUUUUCAGAACUCGAUUCUAACCAGAGAGCUUGUCGAAGGCGACUUUCUCAAAAUGGUGGUGCUUCGCAUCGCGAGCCCGUUGAUCGUCGAAGCCUAUCCACGUUUCGCCCAAUACUGCGCCGAGUACACGAAGAACGACAUCAGCUUCAAGCGACCGGGCAUGAAAACGGAGAGGUUCUGGGUGGAAGAGCUCAUUGUGAACCAUCCGAACAUUUUCAACAAAUCACUGGCUGGACUGGAUCAGAUCGGAAGCAUGAUGAUGGGAAUGUAUUCGGCAGAUUUGAGGGCCAAGGAAAAGGCGAAAAAGUUGUUGGAAGGAUGCGGAGAUUCGGGGAUUCUGGAGAUGACGAUCAAGGCGGGAGUUGCCUGA